AAAGCCAAAUUACAAAACGGUGUCCACAGCAGGCUGCGGACGCCGGUGAGGAAGUCCGUUCACUUCACAUCAGGAAUCUCUUUGAAACAUCAUGCCAGGAGCAGCUUCAUCCUCCCUCCAACUGUGCAGGGUAAUGCGACCAGAUGACGCCAACAUAAUGGGCAACGUUCACGGUGGUAUCAUCCUCAAGAUGAUUGAGGAAGCUGGAGGGAUUGUCGGCACCCGACACUGCAACACGCUGAAUGGGGACCGUUGUUGGGUAGCUCUGGUUCGAGUGGAGAAGACAGAGUUUCUGUUCCCCGUGUUCAUCGGCGAGGUCGUCCACGUCUCAGCAGAGAUCACCUACACGUCCAAACACUCACUGGAGGUUCAGGUUAAAGUUGUGGCUGAGAACAUCCUCACAGGUGACUCAUUAUGAUGCUA